UAGAGCGACUAAAUAAGUCAAAGUAAAAGUAAAAGCGUCUGUGAAAAGAAAUAAAAAUCAAUUAAAAUACAAUAAGCAGCUCCCCAAAAGGCACUACUACCUGAAAAUUUUGCAAUUUGUUUGCUUGUUUUUCUUUUGUGUUUUUGUUUUUUUUUUCUUUGUGCAACGUUUCACGUAAACUGGCUGCAUGAAAAACAUAACCAGCUCCAGCACUUGUGGCAGUGGCCUGCUGCAGUUGCAAAACAAUCUCAGCAACUCAGCCACCAAUACAUCAACAAUCGUCGGCAGCGGCGGCGGCGUCGGUGGCGGCAGCAUUAUUGACGACGAAGACGCCAUCCUGCACGAAUCAAAACAAAAAGACGGUAUAGUCGGACCCGGCACCAUUACGUCGCCGUGGCCACCGAUGAGUGCCGGCCCGCCUGGUGCGCUGGGGCCGGCAGACACAAAUGGCAGUAUGGUGGAUAGUAAAAAUCUGGAUGUCGGCGAUAUGAGCGACGACGAAAAGGAUCUCUCCUCUGCCGAUGCGGAAGGUGUUUGGAGCCCCGACAUUGAACAGAGUUUUCAAGAGGCUCUCUCCAUAUACCCGCCUUGUGGACGACGGAAAAUAAUUUUAUCUGACGAGGGUAAAAUGUAUGGCCGCAAUGAACUCAUCGCUCGUUAUAUCAAAUUACGCACAGGCAAGACGAGAACACGAAAGCAAGUCAGUUCGCACAUACAGGUUCUUGCCAGACGGAAAUUGCGUGAGAUUCAGGCGAAAAUUAAAGUUCAAUUCUGGCAGCCAGGUCUACAGCCCAGCACCUCACAAGAUUUUUACGAUUACAGCAUUAAGCCAUUCGCACAACCCCCCUACCCCGCCGGCAAGCCAUCGACAGCCGUGUCUGGUGACAUCGAAGCAGGACUUCCGCCAGCACAACUGCCGUGGGAGGGUAGAGCGAUAGCGACGCACAAAUUCCGUUUGCUGGAAUUCUCGGCAUUCAUGGAAAUACAAAGAGAGGAUAUCUAUCACCGGCACUUGUUCGUACAACUCGGUGGCAAACCGUCCUUUUCCGAUCCGCUACUCGAGACUGUUGACAUCCGACAGAUCUCCGACAAGUUCCCUGAGAAAUCAGGCGGUCUUAAAGAUCUCUAUGAAAAAGGUCCACAAAAUGCCUUCUAUCUAGUUAAAUGUUGGGCAGACUUGAAUACCGAAAUAACCGGCAGCGAAACGGGAGAUUUCUAUGGCGUUACGAGUCAAUAUGAGAGUAACGAAAAUGUUGUGCUCGUGUGUUCGACAAAAGUCUGCUCGUUUGGCAAACAGGUCGUCGAGAAAGUGGAAACAGAAUACUCACGCUUGGAGAAUGGUCGCUUCGUAUAUCGCAUACAUCGGUCGCCGAUGUGCGAAUAUAUGAUAAAUUUCAUACAGAAAUUGAAGAACCUGCCUGAGCGAUAUAUGAUGAACAGUGUCCUGGAGAACUUCACAAUACUGCAGGUGAUGCAAGCGCGAGACACACAAGAGACCCUUCUCUGCAUAGCGUACGUGUUCGAGGUGGCGGCACAGAAUAGCGGCGCUACGCACCACAUUUAUCGGUUGAUAAAGGAAUAGCAUGAACUGCAACUGCCC